AUAUAAUGAAAACGCGGCAUACAUUUUUAAGCAAGUAUGUACUUUUACUUACACUUACGUUUUUAAUGAAAUCUGGUUAGAUUUAGCGGUUUUGGCGGGUUAAGUAUACUAUUAGUAUUCAAUUUUCAUUAAAAUAUAACAAUGGGAGAUAAAGAUGGUGAAACUUUUGAUGAUGCUGUAGAAGAAAGAGUUAUUAAUGAAGAAUAUAAAAUAUGGAAAAAAAAUACUCCAUUUUUAUAUGAUCUUGUAAUGACACAUGCUUUAGAAUGGCCAUCUUUAACUGCCCAAUGGUUACCAGAUGUAACUAGACCAGAAGGAAAAGAUUAUUCAGUACAUCGUCUUAUUUUGGGAACUCAUACUUCAGAUGAACAAAAUCAUUUGCUUAUAGCUAGUGUACAAUUACCAAAUGAAGAUGCUCAAUUUGAUGCAUCUCAUUAUGAUAAUGAAAAAGGAGAAUUUGGAGGAUUUGGUUCUGUUAGUGGAAAAAUAGAAAUUGAAAUAAAAAUAAAUCAUGAAGGAGAAGUAAAUAGAGCACGGUAUAUGCCACAAAAUCCAUGUGUAAUUGCAACUAAAACACCAUCCAGUGAUGUUCUUGUAUUUGAUUAUACAAAACAUCCAAGUAAACCAGAUCCUAAUGGUGAAUGUCAACCUGAUCUAAGAUUAAGGGGACAUCAAAAGGAAGGUUAUGGUUUGUCAUGGAAUCCAAAUUUAAAUGGAUAUUUACUCAGUGCAUCUGAUGAUCAUACAAUUUGCUUAUGGGAUAUUAAUGCACCUCCUAAAGAAAAUCGUGUUAUAGAUGCAAAAACAAUUUUUACUGGACAUACUGCUGUUGUUGAAGAUGUAGCAUGGCAUCUGUUGCAUGAAUCUUUAUUUGGAUCUGUGGCAGAUGAUCAAAAAUUAAUGAUUUGGGACACAAGAUGUAAUAAUACCAGUAAACCAAGUCAUACAGUUGAUGCUCAUACUGCUGAAGUCAAUUGCUUAAGUUUUAAUCCAUAUUCAGAAUUUAUUCUUGCAACUGGCAGUGCUGAUAAAACAGUAGCACUUUGGGAUUUGAGGAAUCUUAAAUUGAAAUUACAUUCUUUUGAAUCUCAUAAAGAUGAAAUUUUUCAAGUUCAAUGGUCUCCACAUAAUGAGACAAUAUUAGCUAGCAGUGGAACAGAUAGACGUUUGCACGUAUGGGAUCUCAGUAAAAUUGGCGAGGAACAAUCCAGUGAAGAUGCUGAAGAUGGACCACCUGAAUUACUGUUUAUUCAUGGUGGUCAUACUGCCAAAAUCAGUGAUUUUUCAUGGAAUCCUAAUGAACCAUGGGUUAUAUGUUCUGUAUCAGAGGACAAUAUAAUGCAAGUAUGGCAAAUGGCGGAAAAUAUUUAUAAUGAUGAAGAACCGGAUACACCAGCGAGUGAAUUAGAAGCUGGUGCAUCAUAAAAUGUAUAACAAAAUAACCGAUUAAAUUAUUUCAUACUGAAAUUUUCUAACGUAUACACAUAUAUACUUGUGUUUACAUAAAAUCAAUCCCAUUUAGGAUUUAAAAGAAAUCGGUAUUUUAAUUAAACUGAAUUUAUACAUUUAAACGAAAAAGAUCAUCAAGAAGCAAUAAUAUCUAUUUUUAUUAUCAAUCUUAUGUCUGCUUAUAUACAUACAUGUAUAUUAAUUUCAUAUAUAUUUCCAUAAUAAGUGUUGCAUAUAAAUAUUCGAUAUUUUAUAGAAAUAAUUGAUACUUCAUUGAUUCUAAUAUGAUAUAUACAUUAUGUAUAAAUUUAUACAAAAAAUUUUUUUCUAUAGAUUCUGUAAUGUGUUGUAAAUUUUUAUGUUUAUAUAUAAAAUUUUGUGUAUUAUGCAAUAGAAGUGUAAAAUGAUUUUCAACUGAAAAAAAAGUAGUUUUUUUUUCAAUUUAAACCAUUAAAACAUAUUUUAGUUUUGAAAAAUAAAAAUAUUAAAGUAUUAUUAUGAAUUAAUAGAAACACAUUUAUAUUAAAUGAAACAAAUUAAAAUAUUAUUAUAAAACAUUUUAUCAAUUUUUUUUUAAAUUAAGUUCAAUCAUUUUUGACAUAUUUAAUAACAUCGCGACGAUUCUUUUUUUAAUUUAUUUUUAUUUUAUAUGUUAAUUCGUUAAGAAUAAAUAUAAUCCAAUAGAAAUUACGUAAAAAAAUUUCAAGACGAAAAAGAUUGAAUUUAUGGUUCUUAUAUAUAUUUAUGAUAAAAUAAUAUUUUAUCAAUUUUCUACUUUUUCUCGCAGACAUAGGUAUUUUAACUGUCUUUUAAUAUUUUAAUUAAUAAAAAAUAUUACAUUUGUAACAUUUGUGUCUUUUUUUUCAGUUUUUUAUCUUUUUUUAUCUUUUAUAUAUAUAUUUUUUUGCGUCUUUCUUUUUCAUUUAUUAUUUAUUUUUAUAUAUUAUUUUUAUAUAUUAUAUUAAAUUUUAAAUUGAAUAAUUACUAGAAUAGAGAUUAGAACAAUUUUUGUAAAGAAAUAUAAUAAUAGCAACAAAAUAAAUAUUUUUAUAAUUAUACAGUUGUAUUUGAAAGUUCGUUGUAGAUUUCGUCAAGUAAAGAAUUUUUACAAAUGGAAUAUCGUCUAUGUAAAGACGUCAUAUCAAUGUUGAUACUAUCGAAAUGUAUAAUUCUGUAAUAUGAAAAAAAUAAAUUAAAUUAGUUUCAGAAUUUUACAUUAAUUAAUCAGAUGCUUCGUGUCAUUACCAAAAUCUGCGUGUCAAAUAGACGUCGCUUAUAGAACGCGAUCUUUGCCUGUUUGUGCAUGCAAAAUGAAUUUUUAGCAAAAUAUGGAAAAAGACACGAAAAAAUAAUUUAAAUGUUCUAUUAUACAUCAAAUUACCUCUUAUUAGCAUUUUGUCGUUUAAUAUUGUCGAGAAAGUUUACAAUGGGCGGCGUUAAGAUUGGACGAAAUAACUAUAAAGAAAAUUAACAUUGUAAUUUAAAAUAGAAAAAUAUUAAGAAUUCACACAUACCGUAACGGGAGCACUUCGCAUUUCACGAAGAUCAAUAUUUCUGAAUAAAUCAUGAACAAGAAUUUCCUCGAUAAUCUUAUGACGAUUAGAUAAUUCAUCAAAUAUGAAUUUGAAUAACUCGAUGACCUGCAUACGUAAACAUUUUAAUCAAUAAUUUUGGUUAAAUAAAAAUUGAUAUUUUAAUGUAUUUUGUUAAGAUUAUCUAGUCUAACUUUUUAUUAGAUGUUUAAUUGUUUAUAUGCAUUAUUGUUAUAAAAAAUAUUAGUAAUCAAAUAUUAUUAAUACUAAUUAAAUCACUAAUAGUAUUUCUUAAGUUUAUUAAAUAUAUAUAAAUUGAACAAUAAUCUAAUAUUAUUAAUAAUAAAGUAAGUAAGCAAAAGAAAAAAGAUAGAGAGAAAAUAAAGAAUAAAGAAUAAAAAAUAAAGAAUAGAUAGAAAAGAAGGAAAAAGAAUAUGAUUUAUACUUGAGGAUACAUUUCAACAUCUGAUAGAUGAAUAGAAUUUGGCUUAAAUGAUGGUAAUUCAUAACCAGCGCACAUCUCAAAUAGCAUAUGACC